CCGGUAAGUUUGGAUACUUCUCAUGAAGAUGUACAUCACGCUAUUUGUUAUCCUCGUCCCCGCGGUGCUCGGAUACCAUGGUCGAGUCCCAAUAAAAAAGUACGCCAACCUCUGCACGGAUAUGGUCCCCUUCGGCCAUAACAACGGUACUAGUCUGGCCAACGACACCGAUUCACCACCGUUUACUAUCUCUACGAAUGCAGACAGUUAUACGGCCGGCGGAUCCUUGACUGUAAAUAUCACCGUCAAAGGUGACAUCCUAAUCGGUGGAUUCUUCAUCCAGGCACGUCGUGCUGACCUUGCCCGUGACACCAAUGUAGCGGUCGGGACGUUCGCUUACCCACCCCCGGACACGGCCCUCCUAGAGUGCCACUCAGUCAACAAUUCUGCAUGGGGACACACCAAUGACACAGGUUGGAAGACUCUCCUCGGGGUUUGGAAUGCUCCAGUCCAGGACGAAGGACCGCUUCAAUUCAGGGCUACCAUUGUGCUAGCAGGGAAACCCAGCAGGAGCUACUUCUAUCUCGGUGUCACCUCCUCUCAACUUAGUUUUAUGGCCGGGCCUGCCAUGACUGUGGAGACCCCAGAAGAACCAGUUGCCGGUGAUGGAACUACAUCAGCAAGUACCACGUCAACCGCAUGUACUCCUGGCGCAUCGUUUGCUCUUGGUGUUAUCAGCUUAAUCAGUGGAUUAACCUUUGCUAAACGUCUUUGAGAUCCAACGUGAACGUGUGGAUGGUAUAGUAAGAUUAGAAUGUUGAUAAUAAGAAAGUGAUUACACAACAGCGGGUUCCGUAAUUGACUAAUUAAAGGUCAUGGACACUAUCAGUAAGUGAUCAAACGACUUGUAAGCAUGACAACUUAAAGGCAGUGGACACUAUUGGUAAUUACUCAAAAUAAUUAUUAGCAAGAAU